CAUAAAAAAGGGUGCUAUUAGUGUAAUUUUUUUUCGGCUGGGUGCUAUUUUUGCAAUUUGUUUUAAAAGGUGCUAUUUCUGGAAAAAUCCCCAAUAAUGGAGUCAGGAGUUGGACUGCUAGUCAUGCCAAAACCUUUUUGCUGACCCAAAAGCCAUAAAAAAACUCUUUUCAUCGAGAGGGAUAUUGUAAAAUAGAAAAUGUGCAAACUUUAACAUGUUAUUGUGGUAUAAGAUCCAUUAUGGAACCUCUCCUAACAAUUCGAGUUAUUGGGACCAACUGGUUUAUGACAUGGUAUCAGAGUUGGUUUGUCCAUGAGGUCACGUGUUCAAGUCCUCAGGACCCCUAAUAUUAACCGUUGUCUUUCAACCACAUGGUAGGGCUGGGCCUGUGCAAACUUCAAGCCCAUGAGUCGGCUUUCGUUUGAGGGGGCAUGUAAGGAAGUGGUUAAGCACCAUACACGGGCCUGUAUAAGAUCCAGCAUAACCUUCUCCCAACAAUUCGAGUUAUUGGGAUAAACGGGUUCUUGAUAUGGUAUCAGAGCCUUCUGUGAUCGAGAGGUCUUGUGCAAACUUCAAGCCCUUGUGAGUGGCUUUCGUUUGAGGGGGCAUGUUAGUGUGUGGUAUAAGAUCCAUUAUGGAACCUCUUCUAACAACUCGAGUUAUUGGGAUGGAACCUCUCCUAACAACUCGAGUUAUUGGGACCAACUGGUUUAUGACAUAACACAUUUAUUAGAAACUAAAACAACCAUAUAAAUACAACCAACAAAGCUGAAAAUCUCGAGUUAUUGGGAUCAACUGGUUCUUGACAUGGUAUCAGAGCCUUAUAUGACCGAGAGGUCUUGUGUUCGAUUCCCGGUGACCCCCAUUUGUUAAGCACAUAGUAUUCUUGUUUUCAGACCUGUGCAAACUUUAAGCCCUUGUGAGUGGCUUUCGUUUGAGGGUGCGUGUUAGUGUUGUGGUAUAUGAUCCACGAUUGAACCUCUCCCAACAACUCGAGUUAUAUAUUGGGACCAACUAGUUCUUGACAUGUACCAUCUUAUUUCAACAUAGCCUCCCUGACUCGCUAUGACACAACACCUAACAAUGGCCAAGUGUAACCAAUGGAAGGGACUGCAGUAUAGUGGCUCAAGUGAUAAAUAUCGAAUCCACGGGUCUCUAGAGUUACUAUUACUCAGCUUCAGUUUAUUAUUUAGCAAACCAGAUCAAGAUGAAAGAACUAAAAUUACUCUAGCAAACUACAGUUAAAGUUAAUCUAAUUACAGGUUGGGAACUCACUUAGGUAUGAUUUCCCCUAGCCACUAGCCAGACUAACGAUUGAUGAUUUCUAACUUGUUUCACUUUCAUUCACAAUGCGGAGAAUCCUUGACUAGACCUUGAGUCUCGACUAAAGGAACAAGACUCUCUUGAGUCAAUUGCUUAGAGGGACGUAUCCUUCUCUAGAACAACUGAUCAAGGCGUUCUGAACUAGACUCCCUCUAUCGAAAGAGGUUCUCAAUCGAUACAAAGUAGUGAAUCAACCCUCGACUAAAGCAAUCGAUCCACGAAUAACAAUCUAUGGUGAUCUAUUGACCUAAUCAGGUAUUCCCUCUCAUAGGAUCAAAGCAGAAUCAAUAAUCUCGACUAAAGCAGGAUUGAAUCAUGAACACAUGCAUAUAUUGAAUAUGAACUCAAGAUUAUCAAUUCAGAGUACUCAUACAAUCAUCCAAUCAAACAAACAUAUCUAGGGUUCCUCAAAACCUUAGUGAAGGGAAGUUACUCCAUAGAGAAGAGAGAGACUGCAGUAAGAAUCUUCAGAUGAUCAGUCUUCAAGUCUGGGCUUCUUCCUCGAGCUUCCAAGGCAAAGAAAUCCUCCAAUUCCACUCCAAGAAUGCCCUCAAAUCGCCCUCUCUCUCUUUGGUUCGUCCCUUGUGUGUUUGGGAUCCAAAACCCAGCUCUCCCCUUUCCUUUUGGCUGAAAAUCUGCUUAAAAGGGCAUCAGUGGCCAAAGCACGGUCGAGGGCACGGCCGUGUAAUGCCUCAGCCCGCCCGUGCUUUGGCUAGGGUUAAUUACACGGCCAGUGCAAUGGGGGAAACACGGCCGUGUUUGGUGAUGGGCACGACCGUGCUUUGGGUGGACACGGCCGUGCUUUGUGCCCGUGUUUUGGCUUGAUUUUGCCAACUCGAAUUUGCUCUCGGCAGUAUAAGCACGGCCACAGAACACGGCCAUGUAAUGCUUUAGGUGUGCCCGUGUUUUGGCCCCAGCUCGACGAAAUGACUUCCGAAUGCCCCAAAACUCGUGCUUAGCCUUCCCUUUGACGUCUGGGACCUGAAAUAUGACAAAAUAGCACAACCCGGCGUAAAAUAGACCAAAAACACACGACUAUGCCCCUCAAACGGAUAAGAACUAGGGGCGCAAAUAUGUGCAAUUACAUCGUUAUUAAACUCCCCCACACUUAACCGUUUGCUUGUCCCCAAGCAAACCUAGCUCAAACCAAUGCAACUCUCCAGACCUCUAUAGCAAAAAACAACCCAGAUCGUGGGUAGAGGACUUCCUAGGUCAUUUAGCAGCUUACGAGGUCAAUCGACGCACAAGUCAUCUCAUAGCUUCUUCGGCGAGAGCACUAGUAUCGAGUCGGCAUCAUGGCAAAUAGUGAACAGAGGACAAAUGAAUCGUGGAUGAAGAGAUUCUCAAAAACAAAGGAUCAUGGACUCA